UAAUAAAAACUGGUAUUAACUUUUUUUUCUUAGUAUUUAUUUUUAACAAAAUAUCAACUCAAUAAUACUUAAAAAGACGUUCACUCUGUCUUGCAAUGAGUGAAAAAACUUCUCAAAGUAAACCAACCAUUAUCAGAAAUAAAGAAUCCGAAGUCGAUAUUUACACGGCAGUAGCUAAAUAUGAAGAAAAUCAAACAUCUCAUAGAGAUGAACAUAAUGAUUCUACAAUUUACUUUAAUACUCUACGUAAAUGGCAAGACAUAAUGAAAUGGAAUUAUGAGUUAAAAAAUAAGGAAAAUCCACCUAUAGAAAAACUUGAAGAAUACAAAAAUGAUGUGAUACAUUUAUUUUUAAUUUUAAAAAAGUUAAAUAGACUUGAUAAAAUACGCUCAAAACAAAAAAAAGAUUUAUUGAAUAAAAAAAAACAAGAAAUUGAUAGUAAACAUUUACAGCAAGAAAAUCUUCUGAAUGAAUUAUUUUAUUUAAAGAAAGAGAUAUCUAAGUGCCUUCAAUACAAAUCUAGUGAUAGUGAUAUUGAUCUUGUACCAUUAGAUACGUUUUGUCAAGAGUCGCCAGAUGCGUCUGAUUAUAUUGAUAAAUUAAAAAAUGGAUUGAUUAAUGAACAUGAUUUACAUAUAAGACGUCUCCAAUGGGAGUUUGAACAGAGGCAAACUCAACAACAACAAUGUGAUGAAGUAGAAAAAAAUAAAGAAACUAUACUUUCUGAAAUUCAAGAAGAGAGCAGGAUUUUACAAAGUAUUUUACCUAUGCUUAAAGACAUACGCACUGCUGCUCAACCUUUACAACAAAGUUUUGGAUUAGCUCCUUGUCAAGUAAGAUCAUAUGCAGAUAUUGUGAACGUAUUACCCAAGCCGUUAUAUUAUUUAUACAUACAAACAGAUGCAUAUAGGGUAGCUUGCAAAUCAAAAUUUACUGUUUCAAUUAAUGGUGAUGAAGAAGAAGCUAGAAGAUUUGAUUCUAAUAAAAAUAAUGUUGUGGAUACUAAUUCUGAUGAGGAAUUAGAUGUGCCUAAACAAAAAAAACGUCAUCAUAAGAAAUCACGAACAGAUACAAAGUCUGUACAACAAAAGAGUUUAUUAUCUAAACACCCACUAUCAGUUAAAUUGACAUUAAGUUUAAAGAAUAAUACUCAGUUUGUAAUGGAAUUUUUUUAUUUGGUAAACUUAAACUUAAUAACUGUUACCGUUACUUCAUCUUGGUCUGGAUUUUCUUCAUCUUACUCUAGAGAAUUGCUUUCACCAAGUUCUAUACUUGAUGCAUUAUUCCCAGGUGACAAUGGCAAAGAAAGCCCUUAUAUCGUCAACUUUCAUCAAUUAGAAGAAGAAAAAACUGAGUUCAACACUAUGGAGGUAGGAAAACCUUAUAUUUGGGCUCAAAGUAUAUGUGGUUUGGAUUUUUUAAAUCCUAGUACACCUGGUUUUUUAAUUUCAAGAAAUAAUAUAGCUCAAGUAUUAAGGGCAAUAAAUAAUCGCCUUAAAACUCGUCUUUCAUUAAUUACUCAGCUUGACUGUGGGGACUUGGAACGAAGGUUCAGUAUAAAUGGAGUUAAUUUAACUUCAGUUUUAUCCCCUUGGAAUACAAUGACAUGGGAAAAUUUUAUUAAACUUGAAUAUUGCAAACCACACGUUGAAUUUGGAACAGUGAUAGAGAAUGAUUUAUUAUUUAAACGUGUUGUAAAUUAUAAAACAGCAACACUAACUGUAGUAAUGGUAAUUAAAUGUGAUUACCCAAAAAGUAAUCCUAUAUUCGCACUUCAACUAAACAUGCCAACAAUAAAUGAAGGAAUGUCUGUUUUAAAUUCUACAAAUAAUAAUUCUGUUAGAGAAUUGGAGAGAGAAAUCAAUGUUUUUCAUGAAAAAACUGAAGACGAAGAUAUUAAUGAAAUGCUUAUCAACAUAAUUGGUCGUCUUAUAGUUUGUUUUGAAGUGAUGAUGGAGACUUGGGGACAUUCAGAUUUCCCCAAAACUAAAACUAUUUUAUACAACAUAAGGGGUCGAACUAGAAAUCAUCCAUUCAAGGCUGUUAAUCACCAUUCAGGAAUUAUUUUUGAACAUCGUUAGACAUUAUUUAUUUGAAAUUUAUGAUUUAUGUAUGCACAUUUUAUUGAGUAUUUGAUAUAGGAUUACUUGUUAUACUAUGUCUUUUACUUUUGUGUUUAUAAUAUAAAAUUUGAAUGCUGUAAGUUCCAUUUUAAUUAUAAUUAAU